AUGUUUAGUAGAGUUCAAGAACCUUCAAGAGCGGUUUUAUGCUCGCAGGCGAUCGGUCCAUGUUUCGGAAGUGGGGAUUUAGUUAUGGGGGGAACUCAUGCCAACUUUAAUUUGGAUUUAGGUUGUUCUUGUAAAAGACAAUCUUACGAAAGACAUUUAAUCACAAACCAUGAUAGAUUCUCAGUUGAUGAGUAUGAAAUAUUUAAAAUUAUACCUAAAUUAAAUGUUAGAACAAACCAAAAUUAUACUCAUAAUACUAGGUCAAGUGGAAGGUUUUCUCUCUUAUUAUCUCAAAAUAAUUAUUUCUCUCCUCAAUCUUCACCUAUUUCUCAUAAUUCUCAUCCUAUUCCUACUCCUCAUAAUCCUCAUAAUCCUCAUAAUACUCACGCUCCACCCAUACCACCCCGUCAAAUUAAUUGA